AAAAGCCACCAAACAUGAAUAUGUUUGCUCACCAUAGGUAACUAAAGGGUUACCAAAAGGCAUUGGGAUGGGUGUGACUUGUGACAGAUUCCCAGCUUAUACAGCUGCUAAGUUCAGAAAAUGUUUGCUUAGCAAAUACAUGAAUGUCAUGUGCUUUGGUGCAACCGGUCCAACUGCUUAGUCUUUGUGCGAUCAGUCGAUCUGAAUGCACGAUGUUGAUAAAUCUGCCAUCAAUCAAUCGUGCUUGGUGUCUUUAAUUCAGUCACAAAAGACUGUUUCCAAAAAAAAAGGGGGCUUGCUGUAUGUCCACUGCUACAGUUUGUAACCUUGAAUAUCUUCAAGAGUCAUCGGUUAAUCCACUAAAAAUUGACAAGAAAAUGAAAAACGAGGAAAUGAACUUUAACUUGAUGUAUAUCCUCAACACCCGUGGGUGUGUUCACAGUAGUCCUCCCUGAUUUGUUUAGGUUGGGAGGAGUAUUCAUUACUGUUGUCUGUGGUAACUUAUUUUAUAUAGAGGGCGCUAUAUCCAAACUUUGUAGUCUAGUUCCUUGUCGUCUCCAACACUCUUGCGUGAAAAUGUUUUUGUCACACAGCCUAGUAAACAUUUCAGAUAACAACGGGUACGUGUAGACUUGUUUUACCUUAAAACUUAGACGAUGGGGCGAAAACAAUGACUGCAAACCCUCCCCAUAGCAGGAGGAAUUCGGGCAUUAAGUUGGAUCCCAUUGCGAAGACGGAUUUACAAAGAACGUUCAUAAACAGCCAAAUUAAGUCCGAUGUCGCCCUUGCUGUGACGGUUCAUGCAGUUGCGCCGCUGGGGGCUCCGAGGCGUUGCAACACAACGCUCCUUCGCAACAACAAUGCUGAGACGGAUCCCUCCCCAGAAUGGGUGGUGGCCAAGCAGACUGCCACCCCACCUCCCCCUCCAGCCUGUCGGGAGACCUUGGAGGCUAUGGAUACCACCAUGUCGUCGUCGCCGAUCGGUGGGAAGAAGAAGUCCAAGGGUCGGCGGGCGCGGAGGCGGCCCGUUCGGCCGUGUCUGACCGUGCAUUUAUCGAAGGCCAGGUCAGGCGCAGAGGUGCUACGUAUCAGCCUUGAAGAACUCGGCUGGCGGUGGAGAGAGGUGUGUGGCACUCGUAAGAGCUCUUGUGAUCUGUAUUGGCACAGUGCAUCGUUCUACGACACCGAUGGCAUCUACUCAGGAAUGGUCAACAAAUAUCCAGGCCUGCUGGAACUGGUUCGCAAAGCCCAACUCAGCAAACUCCUCCACCAGAUGCAUGAGCUGUUCCCAGAUGAGUACGACUUCUACCCCCGUACUUGGCUCCUGCCAGACCAGUACCAUCAUUUCUGUGCCAACGUGGCUGGCCAGCAGCAGCAGAGCCCCAGCAGGGCCAAACCCGUCUUCAUCGUCAAGCCAGACGAGGGUUCCCAAGGUGACGGGAUCUACCUCAUCACUGACCCUCGCCACAUGGGCUCGGUGGGGCUGGUCCGACGCGCUGUGGUGCAGGAAUACAUCGCCAAGCCCCUGCUGCUGGAGCGGACCAAGUUUGACCUGCGGGUCUACGUACUUUUGACGUCCAUCGCGCCACUGCGAAUCCACAUCUGCCGUGAGGGAAUGGCACGCUUCUGUACCAUCAAGUACCAGCCGCCCACCAACCGCAACCUGCACCAAAUCUUUAUGCACCUGACAAACUAUUCACUGAACAAGCGGAGCGAGACGUACAUCCAUACCGACAGCACGGACCGAGGCAGCAAGCGGACAAUGAGCAGCACGUUCGCGGCGCUGGCCUCGCGGGGCCACAACACCAUCGCGCUUUGGGAAGAUAUCCAAGCCAUCGUGAUCAAGACCAUCACAGCAAUGCUGCCAGACCUCCUGGUGGAGUAUGAAGCAGAACUUCCAGCAAGAAAGCCUGCUCCGUCAUGCUUUCAGAUCUUGGGUUUUGACAUCCUGGUAACUGAAGACCUAAAACCCAUGCUGCUGGAGGUGAAUGCCAACCCAAGCCUGAGGUUGGACUAUGAGAAGGAGGUGUCGCCGGGGAUAACCGAGUCCCAACCAAGCCCUGUGGACGAAGAGAUCAAGAUCCCAUUAAUCAAAGACACCCUGAAACUUCUCAAGCCAUGCAGGGCAGGUCGUGAGGCCCGAGCAAGGCUUACAGCAGUCAAACCUGACAAAACAAAGGCCUCUAGGCCUGCCACGCCCAUAUCGGACAACCCCGCAUCUGAGGAAGAAGAGGAUGAAGAAGGAGGAGGCGGAGCUAAGGAGGGCGAAAAGGAGGAGUGGGAAGACGAUUCGUGCCUGGAGGAGAUUUGGCCGCAGAAGUUUGGCGAGUGCUACAGCCACCUCCGAGUAAUGGAGCACGUGGCUGGGCUUUUCAAUCGGUUCUUAGGGGUCCGGGGAGCACACCGGAUGGGGGCGACGGGCUUCCGAAUGUUCAGCAGGAAGUGCAAGUUGUGCACCAACGGCAUCACCAUGGCGGGCAUCGAUAUCAUGUACAUCGACAUCACUCGGCGCUGGACCCUCGAUAACCCUGAGGGCGUCAGCACGGGCAUGUGCUUCGGUGCCUUCCUAGAAGCGUUCUUCACACUGGCCCAGCGCAAAUUCCGCGGCAGCUCUCUGCUGGACAAGGUCAGCGCCCUGGUGGAGCUGUGCGAGUACAAUCUGAGUGGCGCAGCAGGGCUGGGCGGGAUACGGGCGGGUGCCCCGCCCAGGCUACUCCUUGGUCGACUGCGCCGGCCGGAGAUGGGGAAACGCAGAGUUGGGAGAUGGCCAUCAACGGACGAGGAUUGAAAUGCGCACUUAUUUUAGUUGUGCUCAAAUUUGGCCCUCCACAUCUACAACUCCUACAUCUUUGCAAUUUUCAGAGAAAACAUAAAGAACUUUUCUCAUUUGGAGAUGACUUAGGCACAGGAAACGAGCAAAGGUUUAUAGUAAUGUCCUUGAAGUGUUGCACUGUAAAAGGUUGGGUUAUCUUGUCCCUUAGCAAACAGAUCUGUCAUUGUCAGUGCCACAGCUAUUGUCAUGCAGGAAGGCAGCCACCAUACGUAGCUCAGAUACCAACCGAUUGAAGUGGAGCCUUACACUCCAUGUUCAAGCAGAUGAAAUUGACUAUUCAGUCAGAACCAUUUUUGCCUGUGUCCUUUAAAUUGUUAACGGCUAUUCUAACAUGCUGCACCUGAAGUUCCUGCAUUUUUCAUUCUUUAUUGGCUAUUUGUGUUCAAUUGUUUAGUGUGUUUGUAUGUUAGAAUUUUCUGAAUAACAAAUCAUUUUUCUCCCGUCAAAUUAACAAAAUUUUAACCACUCCCUGGGAUUCCGGAUUCGGACAUGUAUGCUUUACAUGCCUUGCCAGGGUCUCCAAACUCAGACAAAGGGAACAGGGCCUUGUAAC